AUGUAUAUUUGUGUUAUUAUUCAUAAAUUUAGUAAUUAUAUCAUUUUUAUGUAUAAACAUGUAAAUUUCUUUCCUGAAUGCAAUAAAAUUAUUGGUACUUAUUUAGGUAAUACUGAACCAGAAUCAAAAUGUUCAAAAAGUUUCUUUGAUAGAAAUAUUAUUCUAAAUAAUAGAAUCAAUGAAAAACAAUGCAAUGCAGCUUUAUCAUAUCUAUAUAAUAUAAAAUUUAUGAGUUCUCAUAUUGAUAAAGAAGCUGCUUCUUUAUACUUUUAUUAUUGGAUAUAUUAUUUACUUCAACAGAAGAGUGAAAGUCAACACGUUAAAAGUGUUUAUGAAGCUUUUAUCAAAAAUCAUAAUAAUUCUUAUGGUGAAAAUUUCAAAUUAAUAAAUUAUACACAUUAUAAUGACGAUGUAAUACAAAGGCUCAAAGUGUUAUAUGACAUUGAAAAUACUUAUAAAUUUAUAAAAGAUAAAUGUAAACCUCAUAAUGAUGAUGGAUUUUGCGAUGAAAUAAAAAUAAUUACAAAUAAAUAUAAUCCACUAAAGCAAACACAGUCUUGUGAACGAACAGAUAUGAAAACACAACAGACUCCUAAAAGUAAUAUUAUAGUUCCUAUUACAAUUACAAUUCUGAUAAUAUUGAUUGUAUCCCUUUUUAUGUUCAUUUUAUACAAGAUCAUCCCAUCUGAUUCUUUUCUGCGCCGUGGUAUAACAUGUAUACGAAGUAAAUUGUGUAACAUCGAUGAGGAAUUGAAUGAGUUACAACCUUAUGAAAUGUCCAAAAAUGAAUCGAUGAAUAUCAGAUAUAAUAUAUUAUAUAAUUAUAACUAA